AUGCAGUGCAUCUCCUCCUUCAUCCUCACCCUGGCCGCAUCCGCCAUCCUCGUCACCGCCGCCCCGGCACCGGCACCCAUGCCCGCGGCCACAGCCGCCGCCGUAGUCCUCGCAGUGGGCGCCGACGAGGCUGCGUCCGUGACCUCUCCCGUGGCACAGUCCGUCGCGACCCCUGCGCCGGCGUUGAAUGUCCGCGGGGCCACCGUCGACGCCUUUGCUGCCAAGUGCACCGUCGGCUCCGACAGCGUGGCCACCUGCACCGGUGCCGUCCACGCCACCAACGUCUGGGAGGGCAUCCUCGCGGCUACUGUUGACUCCUCCACCUCCUGA